CGUCAAAGCUCUUCCCGGGUGCACGUAGCGUCCUCCCGCGCGCCUCUUAACUUUUGUUUUAAUUAUAUAUAAAAGAAAGUCUAUAUCAGAAAAGAAACUGAAGAGGUGAUAACACUCCUCCUUGUGGUGAAACUUAAAAUAGUGACGUCACGAAACUUCUCUGAAAACUUCUAUAUAUUGGGUUCUGGAAAGGGUGAUGAUGAUGAUGUUGUAAAUCUCUGACAGCUGACGGUGGAGUGUCAGCUGUAGCAACGUCAGUGAAACAGGUGUAGUGAAGAGUCGUCAGCUGGUGAGAUAUUUGGACUGACAGAAACAGACAGACAGACAGAAAAAACUCCUGUCAUUCAAAAUUGAUAAAAAUACCCAAAGUUAAGUGUUUGAGAAAGAGAGAGAAAAAUAAGGUGAGAGAACAAGGUAAAGAAACGACUAUCUUAGGAGUUAUUGAGGUGAGGUAUUUCAAAGAGGUGGUGGAGGGGGGUAGAGAAGCAGGCAGGACGAGUCAGGAUGGACAAGAGCGCCGCCCCUAGUACUACUGACGAAGACGAGGGCGUGAUGAGGGGAGUCUUGUAUCUUCCUGACGACGUAGUUGCUCUAGUUUGAGUGAGACACCUCCCCGUCACCCCCUCCCCUCCUGCAGCGACUCCUACACACCCACCUCCUCUUUCUUCUCCUCCUGCACCUCCUCCUCCACAAAGGUCGACCUCUAGCAGUGACUGUAACUGAAGAACUGUGGUGAACUGUGACACUUUCUCGUAACUGUUGAACGACUGGUGAUGUGACCGAAGCUUCUCCUCGCGUCUGAGAACCUUACCUUCAGUCACUCACCAGAGAUUCACCUGGACACACCUGAGGUUAAUUAACUCUUACCUGAAGUGACCGCUGUUACCUGUCACCCCACACGACUACCUUACCUCACCUACACUUAUCCUCAUCUUCGUCAGCCUCCCUGCCAUUCCUUGUAGUCUUGCACCUCUAACACACCCUGGCAACAUAUACCACCUGCACCUAGCACCAUUACCACCACUAGCUUACCCACCUACGCCAUCCUUACCCCUGCCAAGUUACCCCCGCCCCCCGGGAGUCACCACGGCCUCCCACACCACCACCGUCGUUGUGGUAACUCGUGAGUGUCCCCAGCAGCAGGGCAUGAUCACCACCACCACCAUGAGUCCAUCACCCCAGACUGAUGGUGCUAAGACCCCGCCCACUGCCACCACGCCCACUAAGACUCCGCCCCCUCCUUCUACCAUACCUAUCAAGACUCCUCCUACCAGCACCAUCACCACGCCCAUCAUUGACCUGCCCUUGAAGAACCCUAAUACAAUUUCCAUCACGCCCACCAACGCCCCGUCACUUCCCACGCCCACGCCCUUAGGCUACCCCGUGGGCGUCAAGAGGGAGAUGAACAAGGGCGUGAACGAGAAGACUGUCCACCUGGCUGAGGCUCACACCAGAGUCUUCGACGCCUUCUCACGGGCCUUCAGUAGACAGAAUGUCCAGUUUGAGAAAGCCAUCCAGUCGUUGGAUUCUCUCAACGACCAGAUUGUGGAGUUUAUCUUCAGCGGCACAGACUUCGACGACGAGAAUGGCAGCUCUCCCAAACAGCGCGAGGCCCUCAAGUCCUCCAUGGCGCUUAUGAGGAGGCUGCUUGUUGACGCCCAGACAAAGUUUCGCAAGAUGGUGGAGGAUAACAAGCAGCUGGCCUCACGGAUUGACGGUGACCUCCAAACUGCCCACCAGGAGGUCAAUCUGCUGCGUCUGGAGUUAGCCGACACCAACCGCCGCAUCACACAGCUCCACCAGGCUCACAACCACGAUCACAACCAUCAGGAGGCACACACACCACCAGACUCCACCACCACUACUACCACCAUCAAUGGCUCCAAUAAAUAUCACAGUGAGAGUUCGAGUAACCAGCUGGCGGAGGAGCUGUCACAACUACGGCUGGAGAACGAGAAGCUCUCCGCCAGGAACCGGUCAUUACAGAGUGAGGUGGAGGAGCUGCGGAGGGUGAAGGAAACUAUCGUCGAGGAGGACCUUCAACUUAAGCCAAGGAUAAAUGAAAUGACGAUAGAACUGACACAUGCUAAGGAGGCUCUUUCAGCCUUAAAAGCAGACAGAAAACGUUUGAAAGCUGAGAAGUUUGACUUGUUGAACCAGAUGAAGCAGCUGUAUGCCACACUAGAGGAUAAAGAGAAGGAAUUAAGAGACUUCAUUCGGAAUUAUGAGCAGCGCAUGAAGGAGAGUGAUGAGUCACUGCGCCACCUUGCAGCAGAGCGAGAUGAAACAGAACGAGAAAAAUGGAACAUCUUGAAGCAUGCUAGGGAUGAAUCAGAGAGAGUCGUUAAACUCUCGGCCCAGCUGGGGCUCAAGGAAGCUACUGUUAAGAAACUUCAAGAAGAACUUGAAAUGGUCCGUAAGCAGCUCUCCUCUGUGGGAUACUACAGUGAUGCAGAGUCUGUCAGGACCAACGGACUAACCACACCUACGGCUUCCACACCCGCGUGUUCACCUUUGCCUCUCUCCACCCCAACACCCACUCCAAAUGGUCGUGGGUCAUCUGCAGACUCAGGUGUGAGGCUGUCAAGUGAUCGGGACUCGACUGCUAGUCAUGAUGGCACGCCCACCAUUACUGUGAAGCGAGGGUCUUUGGACUGUGAUACGUUAUCAGUCUGCUCCUCGGCCACCGCUGUUUCUCAGUACUUCUACUAUGCAUGUGGAGCGGGAACCCCCAAGGAGUCCCCCUCUCUCUCACCCCUCUAUGCCACACCAGUUUGCCUAAAACGGGAGGACCAGGGUGGGGACAACACCCCUACUAGUACGCCCACUUCCACAGCUGCCAGUGUUAAUUCUCCAGCUGUAGGUGGACUUGCAAACAGUAGUGCAAGUGCAGGAGGGUUGAGUCGUUCAGCUGAACAAUUGUGUGAAAGGUUGAGUGAGGCGGCCGAAACAUCCAAAGUUCGAGGUACAAACACUCUCUCACGUAAGAGCCAUAAAAGUGGUGGUACCUGGGGGUCCAUCUCUAGAGUGUUUGCCAGACAGAAGAAGCGAGCAGCUCUUGAUGCUUCAUUAUAUGAUGGUAAUGCUAGUGACAAGCGUGCCUCGUGGUCUCCAAGUUCAUCCCUGUGUGCCUCACCCCUGACCGAGGAGAGUUACUCGGAAAAACUUAGACUUCUGGAGGAGGCGCAACACAUUCCACUGGAGAGAUGGAAAGCUCCAACUGUCCUAGCUUGGCUUGAAGUUACUCUGGGCAUGCCUCAGUAUGGUGCCAUGUGUGCUGAGAAUGUUCGAAGCGGAAAGGUUCUUUUAGAGCUUAGUGACUCAGAAUUAGAAGCAGGCCUUGGUAUCGCACACCCAAUGCACCGCAAAAAACUUCGGUUAGCCAUUGAGGAACUUCGCGAGCCUCGGCUGAGUCGUUUCCCUCGGAUAUCAAUUUUGGGACACACGUGGGUUUCCUCUGAGUGGCUUCCAGACUUGGGCCUUCCACAAUACUGUGAUGCCUUUGCCAAUAACCUGGUGGAUGGGCGACUGCUGGAGGCUCUCACAAAGAAAGAACUCGAGAAGCACCUGGGCGUUCAUCGCAAGUUUCAUCAGGCAUCAAUCAUCCACGGAGUACAUCUUUUAAGAAUUGUUAGGUUUGACAGACAGGUGUUAGCGGAGCGACGUCGCCAGUGUGAGCACAUUGAUGCUGACCCAGUUGUGUGGACAAAUAUGCGGUGGGUACGAUGGGCAAGAUCCAUAGACCUGGCAGAGUAUGCAGACAACCUAAAGGACAGUGGUGUCCAUGGUGCUUUAGUGGUCCUGGAGUCGUCCUUCACUUCCGACACAAUGGCCACAGCUCUAGGGAUCCCCCAGUCCAAAAAUAUAAUUCGGAGACAUCUGGCCACAGAACUUGAGGGUCUUGUGAAUCCUGCAAGGCAACAGCUCGAUGAACAAGCACGGUACGCUAAGAUGGAGCGCCGUCGGCAGGAGAAAUUAGCUUCUGGGGGUAGUCUGGGAAGAUCAUUCUCCCGAAGUUAUGGCACCGGCUUAGAAAAGGGAGAAAAGGACAAGAGAAGAGCAUCAUUAAGACCCUUGCAGAAAAAGGUUUGCGCAUUUCCUACACUUCCAUCUAAGUUUGGCACGUGGCGGAGUUCACAGGGAUCAUUGAGUCGCGCUCUAGGUCUUCGCUUACGUGAAGAAGCUGCCACUGGAGGUAACAAUGGUGGUGAGUCCUCUUCCUCAGGUGGUCAGUCCCCCGCAGUAAUUGCCAGGACUAAUGCCCAUCGUGCACCCCGUGGUCGUCCACGUUCCACUAUCAUGCCUUCCGGUGUUUAUGUGCAUCACGAGACACAUCGUCGUGUAAAGAGUAUUGGAGAUAUUGAGACUAUCACUGUGACACCAGUUUAGCAAUACUCUUUCCAGCGACACAAUGGGAUGUUCGCUGAGAGGUGUGCUGAGGUUUGUUCAUUUAUGUGUUCUCCUGUUUUCAGAAUGUUCAACUAAACACAGUACAUGUGUAUCAACAGGGUGGAUAGACAUAGAUGCAUUAGAUAUACGAGAUUACACUAAUAACCUGUUCCAAUGGCACUUGCAGAGUAGCUACAGUAUACUUUGUGAGAAUAUUGGAAUAUUUCAGUUUAAAUCCAUUAUCACAUGGUGGGAUAGUUUUUGGAGAGCGUGAGGAGUCCUGGUAAUGUUAUAUGCAAAUGUCAGUAUAACUGCCGCGCCUUCUUUCCCAGAAUUCCCCAAGAGCCACCAAGUAAUUUCUAUGCUAUAAAUCUACUGCCACUGGGGUAUUUUGAUAUAUUAUUUGAAACACAGAUUCAUAUCGAAACGUUUCAUAUAAUUUGAUACUAGUCGAGUACAACACAAUAAGCAGCCACAGGGACCACAACAGAUGGCCUUCCCCCGUGGGUAAGUUCUCAGGCUGGUACGUAGUGUAAUUUGAUCUUCAAGAACUCAGUGUCUAAAAAACCUGUAAGGUGGGUUCAAACCAGGACCUACUUGCAGCUUGAGCAGAGCAGUAAGUGUUUCAGAAAUAUUGAUGAUGUAAAUCUAAUGUAAACAUGAAGAUAUCAUCAAAAUAGAUGUUUCUCCCUCUACAGUAUACUGUAUAAUUAUACCUGUACAGGUAGAUCAUGUAUGGAUCCAGAAAUUCUGAAAAUGUUUCUAUGGUUUUAAAGUAUUGAUAUAUAAUCUGCUCAAAAUUUUCCCUCUUUCCCUUCAUUUGCCAAUUUUAGAACCUAGCAGUAAUGGGAUGAAUAUUGUGGACAAAGACUUGGGACCAGAUAACUUCUCCAGGGUUCCAUAUUUUUCACACACCCGGGAUUCUUGUCAGAAUUGUGGUCUUUCAGUCAGCUGCACCAAUCAUGUAUGUCUGUCAGAUUCUUCAUCACUGCUUGAGGUUUAGUAACAGCCAAUGAAGGCACAUAUUUUAAGAAAGAAGUCAUUUCAGAGAAUCGUACAGUUGCUAGCCCUCAGGAGGUGUCCAAGAGUUGGAACUAGUUUUGUGUACAUACUGUGUAACUUUUGUACUUAAACUAUAGUAAAUGUGUAUGUAUUGCAGUGUAAGUUAUUAUUUUAUGCUCCUCUUGAUGACUUGGUUGUUGUGUGUUUCACUUUUAUGUAAACAAUUAUAUAAUCUCAUAGCAAAGUUGAAUUUGGACAACUAAGCAGUCAAGUUAUAAUUAUUUUUGCUUGAGAGUAGAUUUGUAGGCAUUAUCUUGCUGCUGAGCACAAUAAUGUUACAAGUUACUUUAUAAAGGAUCAUAUUUAUUAGUACUGUAUUAUUAUGUUCUACAGAAGCUGCAUUAAAAUAUUACUGUGUGUGGUUUUCAACUAUAAAAUUUCUCAUAAUGUGAAUGUUACUAGUCAGAUUUCUUUUAUCAGUUGGUCAUGAGAUUUCAGAUUUCAUGGAUCAUUUGAAAGUGAGAUAAGAUUUCAUUUAUCAGUUGACAAUGAGAUUUUGCUCUCCUUUUGUGGCCCUGUCAGCAGUUACUUGCUUAUGUGGAAAUUAGGCCAUUCAGUGGAAUAGAAUCAGGCAUAUCUGGUGUACAAAGUGAGUCGAAGUCUUUUGCAAAAUGAAAGGUUGUAACAUCUUAAAAGGAUUAACAUGCUUUUAAGUAUUCAAGAUUUAAAGAAAAUUAUUAUAGUUUUUAUUGUUUAUUAUCUUAUUGUUAUUUGUUAUUACUGUGUAUGGGUAAGGAUUUUUUAUCUGAUGUACAAUCCAGAACCUUGCAGCUAAUGUUUAGUUAUGAUCAGAAUACUGAAAAAGAAUCAGGUACCUGGAGACUACAGCCAAGGCUAAAACACCAUAGACGGAAUGUAAUUAAGCAGUUUGUAAAUGUUGAUGUGGCCACAAGAUGACGACUUUGUAAACUUUGCAUUUCUGUUGGAUGCAGCCGCUGCUGACCCAUAAGUAAAAAUAUAUAUGGAAACAAAGAAUCAGGUUACAAUAGGAUUAUUAGAACCCCUACAUAUGUGAUUAUUAUUCAACUGCUGUGCACAGUUCAAAAUUACUUCCCACAAUAGAUUUUGUAGUGAUUCCAGUAGAGAAUAGCUGAACAAGGAAUUGCUGUGAACCAUCCUUCAAUAUGUGGAUAGUUUUGUUUGCCACUGCCCUAAUUUUACCUGAACUUUAACAUUGAUAAAGAAGUAAGUGUUGCCUCUGUUUUAUUUUUGUUUUCUUGCUUAAAUUUAAAAACUAUUUUCAGUUAGUUAUAUAUUUUACUUAAGUACAUCUAACAUAAAUGGGGUAUUUAAUAUUUGUAUUCAGAAAUGAAUGUUAAAAAUGUCAGUUGUGAUAAUCAUUACUACAGCAUAUAUUACAUAAAAUGAUAAACUACACAAAAAUAGGACUUACUGAGAUAGAGGGAAUGGUAUUUCAAUCCACUUUAAAUAUAAAAUAAUGUAAACAUUUGAAUACUUUGAGCUAUUUGUAUCUGCACAACUGGUUAGCCAUAUCCAAUAUAAUGCAAAAGUGUGACAGACUGGAUAACUGUUGGCCAUAUUUUUAAUAUGAAGAGGCAGGUUUAGCCUUCACUCAUAUUAUAAAUGAGACUUUAUCCUGUCACAUGCUGAAUCUGAGUGAGAAACAGAGUUGUCAUCCAAAGCAAGUGCAUUGUAUUUUUAUAUCAUUGUAAUUUAUGAUGGUGUGUUGGAUUGUACAUAGACAGCUACAAUGUGACCAUUGGCCGGAUCGUCAUGACCAAAUAUACAUGAUUGUAGGAUAAGGACUGAAGGUACUUGCAUUUGUAAUUUGUAGAUGUCUUUAAAUGUUUCAAUGAGUAUAAGGUAUUUGAAUUCUAUUAACUUCUUCUCAGGCAUUUGAAGAUAUAAUGUCAUAGCAUAUUAAUUUAUCAUGAAAUAACUCUCGGCUAACCUUAAGUUGUUGAUUAUUUUUAUUUUUUAUCAUUUAUGCUUCACCAGGUGUUAAAAACUUCUGAGAUAAUUUAUAUUAUUUUCUUCAAUAAAGCACACUGUUACCUCCUGUUUAGACCAAAUGGAUUAGUAAGUUGUGAGAAGACUUGCUUGUUCCCUUUAACAGUAAAUAUUGAAUUACUUUCAAGGCAUUUGCCAAAUUACAAAGGCAGUUAUAAGUUUUAGUGAUAAUUAAAAUUUUUAAAAUUAAAGUUCAAAGAAGCAGUCAUUUCUUAUGAAUAUUGUAUUAUGACAAUUUUUUUUUAAAUGCAGUAUAUUAUUUAGAAAAUUUCAGUGUUGUGUUAAAAAUAAUCAGCUGAUGUAGUUCCAGGGAAUUACCACCUAUUGCUAAGAUAUUACUGCUGCUGUAUUACAGAGAACAGUGAAAAAAAUGUGAACAUGAUAAUUUCUCAUACAUAUACCUCACACCUGAGUUGCCUCUACAACCUAGAUCAGUCUUGAUAAGUAGGUACUGUACUGUAUUAAUGUAUUUUAAUUGUUGACACAAAAUGAUUAAAUUCUAUAAACUUGACAGUCUGAUGAACUCUGAUUAUUGAAAGAGUCACAUUGGGGUUAUCAUUGGAGAUGUGGAUACUGAUCAAGGUUUUUUGUAAUUAUUAGUGCUCAUACCAUAAGACAAAAGACUGUUGGUGGCAGCAGUUUACUGUGACUAUACUAUAUGCAUGGAGCAUUUAACUCAUUUACAAAAAUAACACUAGCUACAUCACACCACAGAGUACUACCUUAGAAUUUGGUGGUUUUCGCCUGUAUAUCAGCUAAUAUUAGUCAAUAAAGAAGCCGUACUUGUUCUAUUACCAUAAGAUAGUUAAUUCUAGGGUCAUUGGCGAGCCGACUGUUUGACAUUCCAGUUUGUUUCUUAUCUGGAAACAAUAAAAAUAUUAGUUAA